CGCACCUGCCCGGCCCGCAACCGCCCUUUGCCCAACCUGCCACGCGCACCUGCCCGGCUCACCGCCCGCCCCGAGGGCGUGUCCCGGCGGGGCGGCCCAGUUAGUGCGAGGUUCCCACCGGCGUCCCGGGAGCUGCCGCCUAGAGCCAGGAGUGGGGCGCCGGCUUGGCGGGAGCGGGCCCCGCGGGGAGCAGCACCUGGAAGAUGCGCCUGGUGGCUGGGGGUGCUUUGAAGGGAGUGUUCCUUUGCUUCGCCUCCAUCUGUGCCUGGUAUUCCGGUUACCUCCUCGUAGAGCUGAUUCCCGACGUUUCCCUGUCACGGGCUGUCUACGGCGUUCGGAGCCUGGGGGUGAAGCCCGUCCUCAAAGCCCCGGUCCCCAAAAGACAGAAAUGUGACCACUGGGCACCGUGCCCCCCGAACACCUAUGCCUACCGGCUGCUCAGCGGGGGUGGAAGAGACAAGUACGCCAAAAUCUGCUUUGAAGAUGAGCUGCUCAUCGGGGAAAAGACUGGAAAUGUUGCAAGGGGAAUCAAUAUCGCCGUUGUCAACUAUAUAACCGGGAAAGUGACAGAAACAAGAUAUUUUGAUAUGUACAAAGAUGAUAACUCCGGACCCAUGACUAAGUUUAUUCAGAGUGCGCCCGAGAAAUCCCUGCUCUUCAUGGUGACCCACGACGACGGGAGCAGCAGAUUGAAGGACGACGCCAAGAAAGCCAUUGAAGCUCUUGGGAGUAAAGAAAUCAGGAACAUCAGCUUCAGGUCAAGCUGGGUAUUUCUUGCAGCCAAAGGGGUUGAACUUCCUGCAGGGAUUCAGAGAGAAAAGAUCAAUCACUCUGAUAAGAAGAAGAACAGAUAUAAUGGCUGGCCUGCAGAGAUACAGAUAGAAGGCUGUAUACCACGAAAACCAAGCUAGAGUUGCACUUCC